UGCAGCGUCUCAGCUCGAAGCAACAUUUUGGCUGUGUCAUAAAUUGUUCUCUCGUCAACGAUGCAGACGGCGACUUUGUGAGGCCAAUUUGGACGUUUCUCUUGGAAAACUGGCAGCACUUAUGUCCACGCUGGCCGCAAGUCGCCAACCGACGCUGAAUUUGCAACUGAAACGCAACAACGCGAAUUCGUCACAGGAAACGCAAGCGGUAGCAGAGACGGGAGUCGAGUCCGUGAUUGCGAUGCAUCCGGAUUGCUUGCCACUGCCACUGGCGGCAAGUGGCAGCCACGGCAACAGUCCGCAGCUGCAACAGCCCGAGGAUGGCGAUGAGGAUGAAGGAUCCUCCGCCUGCGAUGAGCAUAUGGUCAACAUAUUGGAUGAUGCGGAGGGGGAAGCGGAGGAGGAUGAGGAGGAGGACGCGGAUGCGGCCAGUUGCUGCAGUGAGAACAGCGUCUUGAGCGUGGGGCAGGAACAGUCGCAGGUGGCAGCUGCCGCACAUGCCACACGUCAACGGCUGCUCAUGUCGCAGCUGUAUCGUCCGUCGGCUUUUAGCAGCGUACCGCAACCGCCAAGCAUUGAGGAUGCCACCGCCUGCCUGCCCCAAAUGGUGGCAACACCAGCCAGCUUUCAGGAGGAAUUCCUGCGCAAGUCUCAGCUCUAUGCGGAGGAGCUGAUGAAGCAGCAGAUGCAGCUAAUGGCGGCGGCCAGAGUGAAUGCCCUCACAGCGGCUGUGAUGCCACUGGGAUGCGGCUUGCGUGCCCCAAAGAUGACGCAGCAGCUGCAAAUGGCGGCGGCGGCAGCGGCAGCAGCUGCGAUGCGACAACCCACAACGGGACAGGAUGCACUUGCUCAGCUGACGGCCACGGCAUUGGGCAUUGGCAAUGCAACGCAUUCGCAUCAAUUGCUGCUGCAACAGCAGCAACACUUGCCACACAGCUACCAGCAACAACAGCAAACACAGCAUCACAACAACAACAACAACAACAAUAAUAAUAAUAAUAAUAUUAAUAAUAUCAACAACAAUCUCAGAGUGGAUAACUUUCAAGAACGCGCUCUUAAAUUCAGCAUCGAUAAUAUUUUGAAAGCGGAUUUCGGCACACGCUUGCAACAACGUUUGGCGGCCGCAGCUGCGGCUGCCACGCCUCCCAUUGCCGCCGCCCCCUUGAAGGCGCCCCGAAAGACAACGAAACCUUUGAAUCUGGCCCAAUCUCAGUCCCACUCCCAAUCCCAGCUGCAGGUGCAAACACAGCCCAGUCUGAGCUUCUCCAGCUCGCUGGCCAACAUCUGCAGCAACAGCAACGACUCCAACAGCACCGCCACCAGCAGCAGCACCAACAACAACAACAACAACAACAAUACGCCAGCCAUUGAUUUGGUCAAGUCAUCAUCCAAUGCCACAUCGCCAGCUCCAGGAGCAGCAGCAGCAGGAAGUAAAUCUAGUGAGGAUGCCACAACAGGAUCGGGAACGGGAACGGGAAGUGGGAGUGGAACCAGUUCCACGCCCAUUGUGUGGCCAGCGUGGGUUUAUUGCACCCGUUACAGCGAUCGUCCCAGUUCAGGUCGAAGUCCGCGAACUCGCAAACCCAAAAAGCCAACGGCGUCGAGUGCCGCGGGGAGUGCGGGAAGUGGCGACAAGUCUGACCCGGAUGGCAACUCCGGCUGCAACAAUGUGCCGGAGGAUAAGCGACCGCGUACCGCAUUUAGUGGCACGCAGCUGGCGCGACUGAAGCAUGAGUUUAAUGAGAAUCGCUACUUGACAGAGAAGCGUCGCCAGCAGCUGAGCGGCGAACUUGGCCUAAACGAGGCGCAGAUCAAAAUCUGGUUUCAGAACAAACGUGCCAAGCUGAAAAAGUCGAGUGGCACGAAGAAUCCGCUGGCACUGCAGCUGAUGGCGCAGGGACUUUACAACCACUCGACGGUGCCGCUGACGCGGGAGGAGGAGGAGCUCCAAGAGCUGCAGGAGGCGGCCGCGGCGUCGGCAGCGGCAGCGGCAGCGACGUCGUCAGAGCCAUCAUAGAGCAAUAUUUAUAAUUAUAAAUAAUAAUU